AUGUCCUCCCAAACCCAACCCCUCCCGAACCCCUCAAACCCAGAUUCAGAAGAAGACCAAGCCCGCCGCACCACCGAAGCCAAAACCGCCUUCACCGCAUCCCUCUCCUCCAUCGGCAACAACCACGACGCCCCCCUUCGCGCCCGCGCCUCCCUCCUGCACGCCAACGCCACUGCCCUCUCACAACAAGAGAACGAUAUUGUGCAGGCGACAGAGGAUCUGGGGCGGUCGAAUGGGGAGCUGGAGGGGGCGGCGGAUAAGGCGCGGGAGGGUUUGAAGGAGAUUGGGGACGUGCAGAAUUGGGCGGAGGUUAUUGAGAGGGAGUUGUUGGUACUCGAGGAGGUUGUUAAGGGGGUUGAGGAAAAGAUUGAAGAACAGGAAGGGGGCGUGGAUGGGGAUGGGGCCGAGCAGAGAGGGAAUGACGGUGUUGGUAGGAGGGUGGAUGGGAAUGGCAAUGGCAAUGGAAACGGAAAUGGGGAGAGUAGUGGGUGGUUAAAGUGGUGGUAG